AUGAAAAUAGCCAAAUAUAGAAAAGAAGAGUUGUUAUUAGAAGAAUUAUUAAUAGAAGCAUUGUUAUUAGAAGAGUUGUUAUUAGAAGCAUUGUUAUUAGAAAAGUUGUUAUUAGAAGUAUUGUUAUUAGAAGAAUUGUUAGAAGAGUUGUUAUUAGAAAA